CCAAACAUCUCACAAGUUCUCUUUGUACACAUAAGCCUCAAACAAGUACUAGAAUGGGACAAGAGACAAGUACUGGAAUGGGAAAAGUUAGAAAAUCACAAGCUACUGUAGGCCCCACUUACGAAGAUUUCGAGCCGUUGAUCGAUUGGGUUCAAGAGGAAGAACAUGAUACUAUCUUCCUCAACAUGCCCGGAUUCAAAAAAGAGCAACUAAAAAUCGAAGUCAAUGAACUCCACAAGAUGAAGAUCAGCGGGGAACGCCCGAUCCAGGGUAACAAUUGGACUCGAUUCUGCCACGAAUUCACUGUGCCUGAUUACUGUCAUUUGAGCAAGAUAUUAUGCAUAGAUUUCACGAAUGGAAUUCUUUCUGUGAGCCUGCCAAAAAUGACCACUCAAAUGAGUGGACAAGAUCAACCUAUGCUGAAAGAUGAGAUUCCAGUGGACAGACAAGAUCAACCUAUGCCAUUCAAAGAAAGUUACAUGUAUGGUAAAGAAAGUUGUGAGUGUAGCAAAGGCAGCUCCCUCAUUGGAUUGAAUAGGCCUAGAGAAUUGAAUGUGAAUGUGGUAGUUGCUACUAUGGUUGGGCUGGCACUUGGGAUUGGUGUAACGUACUGUGCUAAACGCCAUUAAAAAUUCGGGGACUGAACUUAACAUAUUAUCAUUUAUUCGAUUAUGUUAUUUCAUCA